AUGACCAACAGCAGUGAGAAUUGCAAUUUCACAGCCAUUGACAACCUGGCAUGGAGCGUGCAGCUGGGGCUCUCCAUCCCCACCUCCAUCCUGGGGCUGGUGCUCAACAUCCCGGCCCUGUGUGUGUUCUGCAGCUUUUGGAGGAAUCAGAGCAAGACCUCGGUGUACAUGAUCAGCCUGGUGCUGGCAGACAUCCUGCUGCUCCUCUCGCUGCCACUAAAGCUCUACUUCUCUGCCGCAGAGGCGCCUGGCCUGCUCUGCUCCUUCAUCCAGGCUCCUUACUUCGUCAACACCUACAUCAGCAUCUUCAUCAUCGUCUGCAUCACUGUGGACAGGUACACCUGCAUUAAGCACCCCUUUGAAGGGCGAGCUAAUCAAUCCCCCAGGUGGGCCGUGGUCAUUUGCUGCUUCAUCUGGGCAGUAGCUUGGAUCUGCAGCAUCCCAAUUUUUGUGUUUCAGAAGAAGGAACCUAGGAGAUGCUUUCACAACAUGUCAAGCCAGACAUGGAGUGUCCCCUACAUUGUUUCUGUGGAAAUAUUUGGGUUUCUGAUCCCGCUUGCUGUGAUGGUUUUCUGCUCUGCUCAAACCAUCUGGAUUCUCCUGAAUCGCAACACUCAUGACAAAAAGAAGGAGGAGGAAGAGAGUGGCUCAUUGAGAGUAAUUGUCAUCAACCUGGUGGUGUUCCUGGUGUGCUUCACGCCCGUCCACCUCGGGAUCCUGCUGCAGUGCCUGGUGAGGCAGCACGUGAUCGUGGGCUGCAGGGUCAGGCAGACCAUCAGCCUCUUCCUCCAGGUGUCCAUGACAUUUGCCAACCUGAACUGCUGCCUUGAUGCCAUCUUCUACUAUUUUGCUGCAAAGGAAUUCUAUAGGAGAGCCCAGCUGGGGAGGGUCAUUGAGCUGUGUCCUGCCUUUAACCGUUGUGCCAUGCGACGGCACCGCCAGCAGUGGGACAGUGCCCCUUCCCAGGACACUGACAGUGCUGUGCCUGACCUGGCAGGGACUGUGCCACAGGGACAAGGACAGUGA